AUGACCUCCGUCCCGUACAACUGCACCUUUUCGCCCGCCUCGGCUACUCCUCAUCUCACCAUCAACCAUGAUGUAGCCGCCGACCUCGACUCGACCAACGCUUUUGAAGGUCCCGAGAAGCUUCUCGAGGUUUGGUUCGCUCCCAGCCCGACGACUCUGCCUCCCACUGCUCCUGUCAAUGGUCUCAAGGCUGUUCCGGCUGAUACCUGGGUUCCCAUGCUUGAUAUGGUCAAUUGCAAGGUCCUGUCUGUUCUUGAGAGUGAAAUGAUGGACGCCUAUCUUCUCUCCGAGUCGAGCAUGUUUGUCUUUCCUCACAAGAUCAUUCUCAAGACCUGCGGAACCACUACCCUUCUUCUCGGUCUUCAGCGAAUGCUUCACAUUGCCGCCAAGCAUGGAUUCCCAUUCCACAAUGCCAACUCGGCCGACGACAUCCAAGCAGCCGCAACUCCAUACCGAGUAUUCUACAGUCGCAAAAACUUUCUCUUCCCCGAGAAGCAGCAAGGCCCCCACCGCAGCUGGAAGCAAGAGGUCAAGUAUCUUGACGACAUGUUCGACGGAGGUAGUGCCUAUAUGGUAGGCAAGAUGAACGGCGAUCAUUGGUAUCUGUACCUCACCUCACCCAACCAGCAAGCCCUCACGCCCCCUCGCACCCCCGGUGAGGUCGAAGGCACCAAGAUCCCCGUCGGGACGUCCUUCAACGGCCUCCCGAGCAGUUACCACGACGAGACGCUCGAAAUCCUCAUGACGGAUCUGGAUCCCGAAAACGCCAAGCAGUUCUAUCUGUCGCACGCGAGUGCGGUCGCCAGCGACAAGAUGGCUGCAGAGGCCAAGGAUGCACGCAAGGAAGCCAUCAACAGCCUUGGAGGGCUUGCCGAGACUGUUGACGAGGUUGAUGUUUUCGCAAAUGAAGACGACACCAUGCUCGACUCGAUCGAGGCCCUGACCACUGAGGGCCACGCAUUGGGAACUGUCGUCUCGGAGAGUUGCGGCCUCUCCAGCGUCUACCCAACCAGCAAGUAUCCCGAUGCGCGAGUCGACGCAUACCUGUUCAGUCCCUGCGGCUUCUCGGCCAACGGCGUCGUCCCUCCCGAGGCUGGCAAGGGUGAGCAUUACUUUACGGUUCACGUCACCCCGGAGCCUCAGUGCUCGUUUGCUUCAUUCGAGACCAACGUGCCUGGUGGUCAGAGCGGACGCACCACAACUGAGAUCAUUGAACAUGUUGUCGACAUCUUCAAGCCCGGUCGUUUCAGCGUCACUCUUUUUGAAGCAAAGGGUGCAGCCCAGAACCCAUACUGCAUGGGUGAUGAUGACUCCAACAAUUGGGCUGCCAAGCGUCUUGUUGAUCCUGUCCGAGGAUACAGACGCAUUGAUCGUAUUGUUCAUGAUUUUGAGGAUUACGAUCUUGUCUUUCGUUUCUAUGAACGUGAAGGAUGGGCUGGAACCAAGAAUGCUCGUGUUGGAGAGCCUGUCAGUCCUACCAAGUGA